AGUGAUAAAAUGACAGAUCCAAAUCAAGAUGAUGCAAUGGACACUUCUGCAGCGACAGACUCUUGAGCACAUGGACAGUAUGACUCUGAAACUUCAGAAAACAGCAGGGAGAACAUAUUUCCCAAUAUGACCGUUGUAUUAACUGGAAAUUCUUCAUCAGUCCAGUUUGGAGAUGGAAACAUAUUAUUAGGACAAAACCAACAAAAUAUUGAAAAUGUGCCAAUAUCCAGAAUUGUUCCUUUACAGAAGAAGAUAUCAGAACAUCAUGUCUCUGUGAUCAACAUGAUUGACUUACAUGAGACUGAACUUUACCUGGACUGUGUGGAUCAGCUCAUUGGUCAACUAGUAAAUGAAAAUGAAAUUCACGCCUUCAUCUAUGUUGUGCGACUGGGUCAGUUAACAGAUGCUGAUAAGACUGGUCUUGACUGGCUCCAGACAGUGUUUGGUGACAGAGUUCCUCAGUUUGUGAUGAUUCUCUUCACUUAUGAGAGAGAAGAAGAGACUGACACUAUAAUAGAUGAUCUGAAGAAAAACCCUGUUCUGAAGCAGCUGUUGAAGAAAUGUGGAGGAAGAUAUCAGACCUGCAACAAGAUGAUGGACAAUCAAUCAGAGAUGAGAGACCUAAUGAAAAAGAUUGAGCAUAUUUAUCAUGAGAAUAAUCAGCAACGCUUCACUGGAGAGAUGUUCAACACUGCAUCAAUAGGGAGAAAAGAGCUGGAAAACAGUGAAUGUGAUGAUAAACCCAGAAAAAAGGAGGACCCCACAACAUGUGAGACUGGAGAAAAACACAAGGGACAAAUCCAACCCGUUGGUGCCACAGGAGUUGGAUCAGAUCAACACCUACAACAGGGAAAGACUAAAAAUCCUAAGUAUGUAUUUCACAGACUUAAUCUGGAAGAUAGCUACCACAAUAAACUGAGAGCUGCAGAUGUUUUUCAGAUAACCAAACAUUCACUACAGUCUAAUGAGUCUUGUGCUGAAGAGGAGCUGAUUCAGACGUUCAUAUACAAACUACUAAUGAUGAACUACAGGGCAAGAAACAUUUCAACUAAAAAAACAAAUGAACAGGAUGACACACAACAAAGAGAGAAUAAUUCAUCUGAAGAUGAGAGUGAUAUUUUUGAGGUUUAUAAAGAGACAUCUUUAUCCAAAACAAGCCAAUCUGAGGGAAUUGACCCAAUGGAUGUUCAGAUGGCUGUGUUUCAUCAUGCUGAUGGUUUUCUGAAGCAGAUGAUGGUGACUAAACUGUCCCAGUGUCAGUAUGCUUUGCCUCUGCUUGUUCCUGAUCCAUUCACACGACAGAUUGAGUUUCCUCUCUGGACAUUUAGACAAAUCAACAAGAGCUGGAAAAUCAGAAACACCAAGAAUGAAAUCGUCAGUCAAACCCAAACGAUCUACAAGACACAAACUCCAAUGGUGUUUUUCUUCAGGUUUGGCUCUGUGUCUUCCUCCAAGUCUCAGCUGAUGAAUAGUCUGAUUAAUAAGAAACAUGACACAUACUUCCACAAGAACUGCCCAGGGAGCAGCAGAACCAGAGUUCUGAUGGAUGGAGUGGUGGAGAUUGCCUGGUUCUGCCCCUCUGGAACAAACGCGGAUAAAUUCACUGACUGUGUUGCCUUCUGUAAUCUACAUGGUGAUGCAGGAGACCAUGAGAAACAGCUGCAGAUCCUCACUGAAAUGAGCUCAGUCAAUGUUGUUUUUCUAACAAAACUUGACAAGAAUGACAGAAAUGCAGCAAAGAUAAAAAAUAUGUACAAAGAAAGAAAGCCACUUAUUUGUCUCCUUACUGAGGAUGAAUCUGCUGUAACUAAGCCAAAGAAAGGGAAAUCCAUGAUCGGCCUGAAAGACAGAAAUCAGUCAGGUGUAUCUGAAGAACUCAGAAGAGCCAUAAAUGAUUGUCUUUCAGAAUCAUCUCUCACUUUCAGUCUUGAAAAUAUGUCCAAAAUCUCAGGGAUCAGAGUAGAUGAGGAAGAUGAUGAAAACUGCAAUAGAGGAAGGGCAGCAGUACAGCAGAUGAUGAGUUUACUGGAGAAGAAAGAUCUGACAGAAAUCAAAGAGUCAUUUCUUCCUAAUCAGGGGAAACUGUGGCAUCUAUGGUGUCAGAAAAACAAAGAGCUACAUCGACCUCAAACAUAUGAGACCGAAAUGGACAUCAGUAGAAAACAUUUAGAAAUGAACAAAAUCCGUAAACAGCAGCAUAAUUCUGACAUUAGUGAGUUCAUGAAGCUCUUUAUUAAACAAAUAAACUCACAUGCUCCCACAAAGAUGUUUUUCCUUAAAUGGCUCAGAAUCCUGCUAGAUGAAUAUACAUCCGCUGAUCUUUCUUCUCUACAUCACAAAUAUGAUGAAAAGUGGUCAACAGUCUUAAAACUGAAAGAAAAGCACGAUAAAUCUGAGCAACUCAAAGUGGAACAAAGUGAACUUGAGAGAAUAUCGGAGGAUCUUCAAGCUGCAGCCUUUGGUUUGGAGCACAUCAUGAGGGAGAUCGGUCAGAUUUAUGAAUCAUGUUCAUCUGUGAAGAAGAACAAGAAAGACUUGCAGAUCCCCUUCUCUUCUCUCCCAAGUUUUGCAGCAGAGAUGAUGAUCUCUGGAUUUCCACUGGAGCUGAUGGAUGGGGAUGCUUGUCAUGUUCCUGUGAUCUGGAUCUCUGCUGUUCUAGAUCAACUUGUCCAGAAACUGGGAGACCAGAGAGUCUUUGUGCUGUCAGUUUUAGGGAUUCAGAGCUCUGGGAAAUCCACCAUGCUGAAUGCCAUGUUUGGACUCCAGUUUGCCGUCAGUGCUGGCAGGUGCACCAGAGGAGCUUUCAUGCAGCUGGUCAGAGUCUCAGAUGAGAUGAAAUCACAGGUCAACUUUGAUUAUAUUCUGAUUGUUGAUACUGAGGGUCUUCAUGCUAUAGAACUGGCUGGAAGAUCAACACGACAUCAUGACAAUGAAUUGGCCACAUUUGUUGUAGGUCUGGGAAAUCUGACCUUGAUCAACAUCUUUGGAGAAAACCCAGCUGAGAUGCAGGACAUUCUUCAGAUUGUUGUACAGGCUUUCCUUAGAAUGAAGAAGGUCAGACUGGAUCCCAGCUGUGUGUUUGUGCAUCAGAAUGUUUCAGACAUCACAGCUGGAGAGAAAAACAUGGAGGGAAGGAGACGACUGCUGGAGACACUGGAUGAGAUGACUAAACUUGCUGCUAAAGAUGAAGUCUGUGAUGCAGAACGUUUCAGUGAUAUCAUUAGAUUUGAUGUUCAAAAUGAUGUGAAAUAUUUCACUCAGCUCUGGGAGGGCAGCCCACCAAUGGCACCACCAAAUCCAAACUACUGUGAGAACAUCCAAGACCUCAAGAAAACUAUUAUGUCUCAUGCCUCAAAAUCACAUGGAAUGAUGCUGAUACACUCAAAAGAUCGUAUUAAAGAUCUCUGGGAGGCUUUACUGGAUGAACGGUUCGUCUUUAGCUUCAGAAAUUCUCUGGAGAUUUCAGCUUACAGGAAACUGGAGACUGAAUACAGCAAGUGGUCCUGGAGUCUUUGCAGUGCCAUGAUGGAAACUGAGAACAAACUACACAACAAAAUAGAAAAUGAAGCUAUUAACGAGAUUAAGCAAUCUGAUCUUCAAAUAGAACUGAAGAAGACAAGUGAAGAAGUGAACAAAUUAAUGUCAGAUUUUUUUGAAAAAGACAGAGAUAAAGAUAUACUGAUUCAGUGGAAAACAACAUUUGAAAUCAAGAUCAAAGUGCUUCAGGAAAACAUUGUGAGAGAAACAAAGAGGAAAUUAAAUGAGGUUCUUCAGCAGCGCGGCUUGAAGAAGAAGAUUGAUGCUCAGAGGACACAUCAUGAAAACACUCUCUUGGAAAAGAGCAAAGAACUUGCCUUAAAACUCAAAGACAAAACAAAUGAUGAGGAAACACUGAAGAAAGAGUUUGAUUUGUUUUGGGAACAGUGUGUGAAGAAUAUCAUCAGUGACACUCCUGAAAUUAAAGACAUUGACAUAAUGAGAGAUGUAAGAGAGAUCCUUAGUGACAUCUAUGAAAGUGUUCCUGUAGAUCACUGGAGGGAGAGCAGGGAUAUUUUCACAAUGCCAGUGUAUUCAGAUUAUGUAAAACUAAAGAAAUCCAUUGGAAUUACAGGAGCUUUUACAAAUAUCUACAGAUCAGCUAAAGAGAAGUUGUGUUAUAUUCUGUCUCAAGAAGAUGAAUCUCAAAUAAGAUCAUUUAUCAGAGAUGUUGUUCAACAGACAGACAAAGAGAUUCAGUCAUUUAACAUCUCAAAGAUGGGCUACAACAUCAGCUGCAUUCACCAGCUCACAGGUUACAUCAAGGCAAGAGUGACAGAACAUGAGACAGGACGAGUGAAAUAUGUGUUCAAGAAUGAAUUCUUUAGGGAUUUGGUUCUUUCCAUCUGUAAGAGAACAAACAGGAUGAUCACUGACCAACACGGGCUUUUCAGGGAAGCCAAUGAUCCUGUAAUAUAUGUUGAGAAGAAGAGAGAAGAGUACUAUCAUAUUUUCCAGAAAUACUGUCAUGGAUCUGCAUCAGCUGCUAUUUUUGGUGAGAUCAUCUGUCAGAAACUCAAAGUACCCAUUGAGCAGAGUGUCUACAAGAAAACUGCAAAUGACCAGGCAGGUGAAAUGAGAACAAAUUGUCCAUCACUGAAUGGAAACAGAUCAAAACUGGAGAAACACAUCCUGAAGAGACUAGCAGAAGAGGAGGAUUUUGUCAAAUACAUGGAGUACAUUCAUAAUCCCAGAGAUCUCUUCAAGAGUUUCAUCAGAGAUGAAGUCUGUCAGUACAUCACUGAUCAGUUCAGUCUCAGUGUUUUACCCAAGAUGAAGGAGAACAUUAAACUCCUGCAGCAGAAGAUCAUGGAAGCAGCACAUGAAUCUACUGAACAUGUUCAACUGAACAGAGGAGAUGUUGGUUUGUGGUUGAAGAGUUUCACACAGCAGCUUUCAGACGAGCUGAUUUUCUCUGAAAAAGACCUCAGUGGAGUGAAACAUGAUGAUGUUGACGAUUUCAACCUCCUAGAAGAGGUGAUAAGAAAAGAGCUUCCUGCUAUAAUGUCUCAGAUUAGCUUGAGAGUCACAAGAAGGUCAUUUGAUGAAAAAUUGGACUAUAGGUUCAGACCAGAUGAGCUUCUGAUUGAUCACUUCUGUCAGUGCUGUUGGGUUCAGUGUCCAUUCUGCAAUGCAAUCUGCACAAACACCAUUGAAAAUCAUCCUGGAGAUCACAGUGUUCCUUUCCAUCGUGUCACUGGGAUAACUGGGAUGAAGUUCAGGAAUACGACAUACUUGACUGUUGACAUUUGCACAUCAGCAGUAACAAGUGAUGGAUCUUUUUACCCAGAUUCCUCAGACAACACAGUCCUCUGGAGAGAAUACAGAAAAGGAGGUGAUAGAUUUGCUAAGUGGAGCAUCACCCCUGAUCUCUCUGAACUUCCCUACUGGAAGUGGUUUGUGUGCAGAUUCCAGAAAGAUCUGGAAAAAUUCUACAACAACACUUUUGAGGAGUGUGGUAAGAUCCCAGAUGAAUGGAGAGAGCAACUGAAAGAUAACAGUAAAGCAAUACAGAGUUUAGAUGAGUACAUCUAAACUUUCUUCCAGGUUAGAAAAUACAGUAAAAUAAACUGCACUUAUGAAUUGUAAACAAACAGAUUCAGGUUUAUUGGAUGUAUAUUUUAGCUCACCCCUCCCCAAGAGGAUGCUACCAUAAAACCUUUGUUGUUAUUCCAGUGAAGUUAUAUGUCUUUGUCAUAAGGUACCAUCAGACAGGGAGAUGAUUGGCAUCUGCAGUGAAGGAUAUUUUCCUCUAACUAAAUCUACAAAGUUGGAUCACUAUUUAUGAAAAUUCUACAUAAAUGUGGAUAUGUUUAAAACCACAGUUUAUGAUUUCUGACAUUAGUUUUUCACUGUUUCAAGAAUAUAAAUCUCAAAUAAGAUAAUUUGUCAGAGAAGUUGCUCAGGAGACAGAUAAAAUCAUUCAUUUAACAUCAUUAGCUGAAAGAAGAAAUUAGAAUAAACUGUCACUGAAAUAUUUAUUAGUUAUUCCUUUUUAUUAUUAUAUUUUUCAUUACUAAUCAAAACAGCUAAACAUGGCAUGACACAUAUAAAUCUCAGUGCUGGUAAUCAGACGUUUGGAGAAAAGUGUGAAAAAUAAUUUUGUUUUAAAAUCAAAUGAUUAAAAAAUCACUUUAGUGUACACACUCUACACAAAUAAUGUCAUUCAAGACACAUAAUGAAUUGAUCUGUUGGAAAGACCUUGUCAGUUGUCCUUUUUGUUUUGACUUUAGGAUUAGAAAUUAUUUAAACAACAUUAACAUUGUGUAGAUCUCUAAAAGCAGAUUUGAAUGUGCUGACUAUACUUUAGUCGUUAUUAAAAUUCAAUACUUAGACAUUACCAAAAUAUAUC